AUGUUCGAGCGACGUGCUGCAGACCGAUACCACCUGCGAAUGCACCGUGCCCGAUCGGCCGUCCUCACUUCCGAUGAGAUUGUCGAGGUACGCGCUGCACAGCGUACCUUCGAAGGGGCUUAUGUCCGGACAGCUCUCUCCCAGUUCUCCUUUUCUCUGGUUGUCCUCAAGAUCUUCACCGCCGAGUUCUACAGUAUCGGUGCUUUGUUUGCUAUCUAUGGCACCGGCGUCCUCAUCAUCGGACUCUUCCGCCGCUCUCAGGGGAAUCGACAGUUCUUUGCUGAACUCGGGGAAGAUGGGAUCCAUCGUCAUAAGUUCCGCACCAGCGGCAAUGCGGUCCUCACCCUGACCGCGUUGAGCAUCGCCGCCUAUGUGUGUUUGAUUGGCUUGACACUGAACCUGAGCAACUAA